CAAGAAUAAUAUUGAAUUUAUACGAUCUUUACAUAACUAAGAAAUGACACCACGCAGCGCACAGUCAGACAUCUUUACCCUUCCUUUUCAUUGGACGUAGAAGGUAAUGCAGUGCUGGACCCAGCACCGUACCAAUGCCGUGUGACUGUUUUCAUUGUGCAUCAAAUUCGACGCAGCACGGCGUUAACCAGUGGAAAAAAAAAAGGACAAAGGCAAUGCUAAAUUCAUGACCACGCGAGCGUUGGCGGUCAAGCGACCAUUCACGGAAUUAGCCAAGCUAAAGAUACUAACACGACCGCGAGAUACUCGUUCGGAAGUCACAGUUUAUGUAAAAGGUUUUCUAGCCGAGGGCGAAGCGCCUGAAAAUUUUGAAGACUGGUUGCAUUCUCAUCGGUUACUGGCACUGAGUCCUCAGCAUCGAUGGGGCCCAGCGGCAUUAGGUUACUCUUGGCCUUCCGGUUCGCCCAUGUCGCACAUUCCCAUUCCGUUGGCCAGUCUUGGCACCGCCGCCUAUUUCCUGGCGCGUUCUUGGAGACAAGUGGGUCAACUGCGAUGGCUGACACCUGCAUCUCUUGCCGGAGCUUUAGCUGUGGACAUAGGUUUGCACGCGGGACGUUUAGCGUAUCAAUUUCACCGAGCCACGGAUGAAAGCCGGGAACGGGCCGAAAUGCUGGCGUGGCGUCUUCUUCAACUUCGGAGGCAACACGAUACGCUCCGUGUCGUCGGUCACUCCUUGGGAUGCCGCCAUAUUGUUGAAGCGUGUGCACUCAUGCAACCUUGUGAGCGGCCUGAUGCCGUUCACCUGUGUGCUCCUGCUUUAAUUGCCUCUGACAUCUUGCCUUCUUUGUCCAAUGACAGUGGUGGCUUGGGACGACAAGCGACGGUAAUUUACUAUUCAUCCAAAGAUCUUACGUUGGGGAUUCUCCUGCGAGCCAUUCUAUUUGGUGACCAAGCAGUAGGGGAAAUUGGUCUACCUCCAUGCAACGAUUUGCAUCCAAGCGUAAUAACGGUGGAUGCUAGUCGAUCGCUCGGCGGUUAUUAUAUUGGUGCACACACUGAUUAUGCAAACAAAUUUCAUUACUUUGCCCAUCCGAGAAUCGAUGUAACCAAGAAGCUACUGUCCUAAAACGGAAAAAACUCAGCGUAGUGAUGAUGUUAUCUCACACAUGUGGUUAUUCUUUAUUUUACUUGAUGAUUUUUUUUUUAAUUCGAAUGCUUGGAAAGCCAUGCCUAGACCUAGAUAUAUCACUUGUUAUGAUGGGGUGAUGAUACAACGAAUAGAUUCAAACAUUGACUGUAUAAGUUGUCGAAGCCAUUGAAAAUUUUUUGGUUCCCCA